AUGUCCGGCAGUCGGAGUCCCACCGGCAUGGGCGACGGAUGCGAGAAAAUGGUCGGCCCGCCCUCGAAUUUGGACUCGAGUUCGUCCGAGUCGAUCGACGGCGACAUGAAGUCGCACAUACACCUGCUGCACAAGCCCAGCGCCAUAUCCUUCGGACACACGAUGAUCACCGGCCAGGUAAUUGUCACGAUAUAUUUAUUCGUAUUCAGACUACUGCGGUCAUUCAUUUUUAUGCGAGUUGGUCCGUUCGAGUGGGUACGCUCAUUAUCCCGGUGGGCUCAUUAUCCCGUUAACUUUGCUCGGAAUUCGUUUUCCGGAACAUUCAGGAAACAACGGGCGGAUCCACAGUUAUCGCACGUUAAAUUUUUUGUCGCCCUUUUUUUGGGGGGGAGGGAGGAGGGGGAAAUACUGCCUACUUUUGAUUUUCAAACGGCGACGCCUAAAUGGAUGGAGUUAAAAAAAAUACAUUUUAGCGUUGACGCUUUUGAUCUCCGUCGAUUGUUUGAUGUUCACGAGAUAUUCCACUAUUAUGUUUGGGUUGCGGGAGGAGAGUCUAGGGGAAUAUCAUUUGUGUGACGGUACGGCGCUUGGCGUAAAAAAUAACAUAAAUAUAGAAUUGUAGAGCGGUUCGUUUCUUACGUGUUCUAGAAAACGGACUCCGGAAAAAGCUAAUGCUUUCCAACGGUAGCGGAUUUUCAAUAUUUUUCUGGGGAGGGUCCUGGAAAAUCAUAUGUAUUGAAAAAAGGGUUUCUCUAUUAUAGAUGCCCCGAUUUUGGACGAUAUCUUAUUGAAAUUAUAUCGGUGUCUGGGAAAGGUCCUGAACCCCUGGACCCCUCUCCCCACCCCCGUAAAUCCACCAAUGCCUCUCAAGACGACGAGUGUACCCAUUCAAAUGGAUCACCUUGUAUUGUAACCUGUGCCUUAUCAUAUAGCCGAUUGCGCGUCUACGUACCCUAUUCCAUCCUAAAUAUUACCGUUUGAGGACUCCUAGUGUUUUCUUUUCGCGUCGGGCGACUUUUCCAUACGACAUAAACAUUAUAAUCUGCAACGAUAAAUUCCAAUAGCAUAACUAAGAAUAUAGAUAAAUAAAUAGUCAAACGCAGCUAUAAUGUGAACCGCGGUGCAUUCCGGUAAAAUGUCAUGGUCGGUAUUGGUCAUUAACACGCACAGUCUUCGCCCGGUGCUGGGCUACGUCAACGGCCUUUCGAUACGACUGUACGAGAUCCUUUUUGGAACAAAUACAUUCGCUGUACUAAGUAAUGAGUGGGCCAUGUUUCGCUCUUGGCCGCGCGUGCACGUCUGAUUUUCUUCACGCCCGGUAUUCUCCGUUUCUUCGUGUGGACUUAGCUGCGCAUCACGCCUACAGUCCCAAGUCAGUUCAGACACUUCCGAAUCUGCCAUUCGUUUCCAUAACCCGGCGAUUGGGUUUCCGCCGGUUUCAGCCACGGGUUUCGGGUUUCGGAAUCAGUUUCCAUAUUCCAUUCGUCACGUUUAGACUCAUUCGGUAUUUUAUCUCCAGCUCCGAGUGGUUCCUAUAGUGACAAUAACAAUACGGCUAUAAGUUAUAAUCUACAGUGCAAUCGGCCGGCGGACUUCGGGAAACCGGAAAUUCUAAAUGUUCUCAUGUGUACAGACUCGUUCGCGGCAACAGUUAGACCUUAUAGACACGCAGAAUCUUAAGUUUCGAAAAGUCCGAAUGGUCGAAAACUUCUCAAGGUUCGCACGUACAAACGGGCCGCAUAUAUGACGUCCGUCACGAAAAUGAUUAAAUGCUAAAUGAUUAGCAGCGAAAUAUUGGUAUGGGUUUAGAGUGGAUCGGACAAAGUCGGGGCGGCCAAAUUCGCGGACGUGUAAAAUAUCGAAUAACAUCGACAAAAGAAAAGACGUCACGGUCUUCUAUUAUAACUAGUGAUGAGUAUCGGCAUAAAACGAUAUCGGAUAUCGCUUGUUUUUUUUUUCAGACCCCGAUAUUUUCUAACAAUUUUUUUUUUUUCUCAAUAAACGUCCGAUUUCGAUAAUACUACAAUAUAACUAUAUGAAAAAAGCUGUCCUAAGAUAAUGGGGUCGGAUGCAGUCACUGGUAUGAAUAUACCUGUAAGCAACGACAAGCUCGGUUUUUUUUCACUUUUCUGAGACAAAUCCUGGGAAAAUCAAAAAAUGACCACCCUAAAGUACCUUCCCAAUCAGAUUUCACUUUCAGAAAAAUUGCUAUCUAAAUAGGAAUUGAAUGCAUUUUUAUACGAAACGAUUAAUCAUUGCUAACGAAAAUCGAUUCUGGUUCGGUUACCGAAUGAAUAUUACGUGAAAGACCUCGCAAAAUUAAAAUGUCUAUAAACGGUUUUACCACGUCUAGAAGAAACGAGAAUAUAAGUUUUCUGUCGAAUUCCCAGUCUCUACGAAUGUUUUUAACAGAAAUACAUUACAAAAAAAAAAAAAUUAUACAUUUCGUACAUUUUCUCGUUUAUCCCGCGUUUUUCUUCACGACCGUGGAAUAACGGCCGCCUUAGAGUACCACCUCGGGAAAAUUUCCUUUCGGAACACGCGCGACACUCGGAAACCUGGAGCGAGAUUCCAAGCAGAAUUUCCGUACGCGGUAAAACAAAAUGUUGUGAAAAACCCUACGCGCGGUUUCGCGCUUCGCUCGGAAUCCAAAACGGUCUUCGGCGCGUCGUCUACGUGGCGCGGUGAAAAACCGACGGAUUUUUUUUUUUCUUCGAUAAUAAACGCGACCGCGCGACCGGAAACGGCCGUUGGACGCGGCGCGGCCGUUUCCUUUUUGGCAAAUAUCGGUUUUGUCCGGUUGCCAAACGCGAAUCGGCGGCCGCGCGGCCUGCAGGCAACACGAUACAUAAGUCGAACACGUACGCGCGGACGCGUGUGUAAAUAUUAGCGUGCCGCGUGUGUUGAGCAGCGAAACCGCACGAUCGAAAACCCUGAGCGCAACGAAUGCGCGCGCCGGCCGGCGCGCGACCAAAGACAUUCCCCGCCGGCGGAGGCGCUGCGGUCGGCGGCCGCGGAUCGCGGUAAAGCUUCGCGAUCGCGAUCUAUUUGCGCGCCCGCAGAGUGUCGCGCGUAAAAAUACCGGCCGCCCGUCGGGCUGUACAAGAGCGGACGACACAAACAAACAAACGAAAAAAAAAAAAAAAAAAACGGCAACGAAAAUAAUAAUAAAAAUAAAACGAUCCGAGAGACGGUAGUAUUUAUUUAUACGCGCGUGCCGCCGAGCCGGGCAGAAUUUUUUUUUUAACCGCGCGCGCUCGACGACGGCGACUACAACAAUACGGACCGUCGCGUCGGUACCGAUGCACGCGGCCGCGCGGCGAACUAUUUCCGUUUGUUUCACCCGUAGCGAGACUCUCGAGCAGCGUCCGCGGGAGCGUGGCCCGUACGAAAACGGCCGUUUUUACCGGCAGGAAAAACGGGCUCACGGCGACCCGCGUUCCAGUACGGCUGCGGCGAACGCGCGGAAAUUGUGCGGGCGAAUGGACGGGAAAACGGCGCGAAUCGUACGGGAACCUAACACCGAUACCGGCAACGCGGUCGGUUCUCAAAAUACGUUACGUUGCCCGAAGCGAAAGUCGAACGUUUAAAACUCGAAUCUGAACGUUUCACCGGUAUCGCUCGACGGCCGGCCCCGAAACGCGUUUGCCGUAUGGUUCCUUUCCUAUUGGCAAUUACAAAAAAAAAAUAUAAAUAAAUAGUUUACGGGCGUAAACUAUAAUUAAUAAAGAAUAAUAAUAAUAAAAAAACAAAAAGAAAAGAUUUAUAUAUGUAAUAAAUAUGUGACGAUCAAAACCCGAGAUCGGGCCAGUCUCGGAAAUGUGAACAAUUUAAAUUUACGGACGUUACAGUUGUGCCAGAAAAAAAGGUGUUUGUCGCUAUACCAGAUGGAUUUGUCCGGGAAUUGAGCCGAAAUUAUACGACGUUUUGCCCAUGUACCGCGGACGCAUCGCGUUUUGCCCGGGGCGUUUCUGAAAUUCGCACACGAUUUUGUGUAUAGCGCACGUUGUCACAUUCGUAUCGAACAAUCGCACACGAAAAUAUUUACAACAAUCGCACGGCAAUCAUUAAUCGUUUCCUCUCCUGCGAAAACCGUUCGGUGACGAUCACCGUUCGGACAUUCACACCGGUAUCUGUCGACGCGUGUUGUAGACGGAUAGUUGCCCCAGUUAAAUCGCCAUCGCUACUUUUCGGUAACGCCGGCACAAAUGCCUGAGAAAUAAUAAAUAACGGCCAAUAGCCGCGAUUGAGUGAGCACGGCCGAAAAGUCGCCCCUCAGAUACGCCGCCGGUUGUGGACGAAAAGUCGGGAAGGUAGAAUAUAUAGAGGGGUAAUGAACGUACGUCCGUACUCGCCGACGGUCCGGAUCGAAAUUUCCCCCUAUAUCGCGUACGGUUUUCCUAAAUUUACCCCCCCCCCCCCGGGGUUUCACACAGUUAUUCGUGAAAAUCGCUUGGAAAUCGAAAAUCGAUCAGCCCCGUCGAAGCGAGUAUACCGGUAGAAAACGAAUAAUGAAAACAAAUCGGAAAAAAAAAAAAAAAAAAAAUCAAAAAAUCGAAACUAUCGAUCGCGGCCGAAAAUCUGGCGUCGGUUCUGACCCUGUGCAAUCCGCGGCAAACAUCAAGUCGACGUUACGCCGCCGCGCAUUGCGGCCGCCGUAAUGUUUCGCAACGCGAUUUUCAUAAAAUUAGACCGCCGUCUCGCGAAACCGUUCCGAUGUCGUCCGCGUGUGUUGGGAAACUCGUCGCCUCGGUCGCGCGAGAACGCAAUAGUUCGUCGCAAACGUUAUUCGCGGUACGGCCGCUCGCCAACAAAACGCCCGUACUGCGGCGUCCCGCAAUCGAUUCAGGGUUAGUGAUUUUGGCGCGGAUCGAUUCCGUACGAGAACGGCACGGUACGCUGCCCGCGUGCGCCGGCAGAAAUCCGUCUAGGGGGGGGGAGGAGUGGCGAAGGAGGAGAGUAGUAUGGAAAAUAAAAAAAUAAAAAAAAUGAACCAAUAUUUUACACAUACAUAACAAUGUGCCGCUGCGGGUUGUUCGUUCUCGGAAUGGUUCCGUCGUCUCGUUUCACUUCCGAACCGAUCGACGGAUCACCGAAUCGUUUGUUUGUCCGCGUGUCGAUUCAAACGCCGAAACGGGCGAUUCUGCGUGUACGUGACCGCGUCAACGUCACAACUAAAACUGGAUUGAGGGGGGAGGAGGAGGGGGGGGGAAAGGACGGCGAUGGCGGCGGUGUAACUUAAAUCCAAAAUAGGCGGCGCGAAGCGCGGCGUACGAGAUUAUCGAGCACAUAACGAGCUGAAUGCGCGUUGACGAAGGAGUUGAACCGGAAACGGGUCCUGACGGAAAGUCACGGUCUGGAGCUCCGAGAGCGGGGAAGUGACGGACGGGACGUCGGCCUGAACGCGGCGAGAACGGUGGGUAGGUAUGGGACAAGGGCGGAGCGGACAAAUAGCGCAGUCGUGCGGGGGGGGAUUCUCCGUUCGUAUUACUUGUGAGAAGGCGAUUCCGCCUUGUGUUUCCGUGUGUGUUCGUCACGCAUACCGCGGCGUCCAAUCGUCCGUCGGUUACGGGCCGCGGAUCAUAAGGGCCCUCUCCCCACCCACCCUUUUGCCCGCGUAGACGCGCUGCGCUCCGCGUAAACGAAUCCGCAUACUGACGUCGCGGGCCCAUUGCUGUUUCAGGAACACUUGUCCGGCCACGAGAUGAUGUUCGGCGUCGGCGGCGGCGGAGACAUCAAACCGUCCAUGUCGGUCGGCGGCGGCGGCGGCAUGUCGGCGUCCAUGAUGGCCAACUCGGCGGCCGCGGCCGCCGCGUACCACCAGCACCACCAGUCGCAGUUGAUCGGCGGCGGCGGCGGCGGCGGCGGCGGCGGCGGCGGCGGCGGCGUUCUCGGCGGAUUCGGGUCGCCCAUCGGCGGCCGGCCGCUGAUCGGCACGGGCGGCGGAGGCGGCGGCGGCGUCGGCGUCCUCGGCAACGGCGACCACCACCAUCACUUGCAGCAGAUCGCCGCCGGGCACCCGGCCGAUCCUUCGCUGCUGCACGACUACCAUUCCUUAUGACAGUGGGUGUCUGGCUACAACGGUGGCCAGCAAUAACGAUAACGCGAUGUGUGAUAACGAUAAUAAUAUGCGAUAACGAUAAUUACGUUGUUGUUGUUGCGUUGUUUUACGCGAUGUUAUUUAUUGUACACGCGCGGAACAAAAACGAUACCGAACGAACGGACAUUCACCC